GUAAAAAUGCUCUAUAAAUAGUCCCGUCACCUGUUCCGACUUAAGCUUGGACAGAGGGACACAGAACAGCAGCCGUCACAUUUCAGCUUCAAGAGGACGAUCAGACAAGUAAACAGGAGAAAUGAGUUACGGAGACAUCAUGAGGGUUCCAACCACUGGAGCUUCAGACAUUACUGCGCAGCAGGACAGGCUGGGAUACUCAGGUGUAAGGGCAUCACACACCAUGGCAGAGACUGACAAUGACAGAAUGAAAAAGUACAAGUCAAAAAUCCGCAGCGUGGGAGGUAAAUAUGGAAUUGAUCCAGCUCUCAUUGCUGCCAUCAUCUCCAGAGAGUCCAGGGCUGGAAAUACACUGAAGGAUGGCUGGGGAGACUGGGACCCCAGCAGAAAUGCGUUUAAUGGAUGGGGACUGAUGCAGGUUGAUGUUAAUCCAAAGGGAGGUGGGCACACUCCUAAAGGUGGCUGGGACAGUGAGGAACACAUCUGCCAAGGCACUGAGAUCCUGGUUUAUUUUCUUGGACGGAUCCGCAACAAAUUUCGUGACUGGAGCACCGAGCAGCAGCUGAAAGGUUUGUUUUAUCGAAUCAGUCGACUCGUACACGCAUCAGCUUUCUUAAGUUUGUUCUCAUUUGUAUUUGUCUCUGCAGGAGGGAUAGCAGCCUACAAUCAGGGGGACGGAAAUGUCCAUUCCUAUGAUCAAGUGGAUGCAUACACAACAGGUGGAGACUACGCCAAUGAUGUUGUUGCCCGAGCUCAGUGGUACAGAAACAACGGUUUUUAACAGCCGAAUAAUCUUCUGCAAAUCAUGAAUGAAACACUUUGUAAUGUGUGUCUUGUGCCAAAAGCUAAAUAAACAACAUAAAGCAAA